AUGAUAGGGGAAAACGGAAUCAAGCUUAGCGGUGGCCAGCGUCAGAGACUUGCCAUUGCUCGCAGUAUCAUCAAGAGACCAUCGAUCCUUAUUCUCGACGAAGCUACUAGUGCUAUCGAUGUCAGAGGGGAGCGUAUCGUGCAGGAGGCACUUGAUAGAGUCUCAAAGGGCCGCACUACCAUAACCAUCGCGCAUAGGUUAUCCACCAUCAAAAAGGCGGACAAGAUCAUCGUCCUCCGUAAGGGAACUGCAGUUGAGUCGGGCACUCAUGAAGAACUACUCGCUCAGGAGGGCCUAUACCACAGCCUUGUGCAUAACCAACAACUUGAUAUGGAAGACGAUAACAACAACAAGACUGCACAAGCUGAGGUGGAGACUGGGAAAGAUAGUUGUCAGUUGACUAUGUCCAGGACGAAAUCUGCUGUCGAAGAGACAAACCUCGAGCAGGGCCUCACUCUCCCCGAGGAGCCGCCUAAAGAACUAUCCCUCUUUGACUCUGUUGGUGUUUUGUUGUGGGAACAGCGCAAGUACUGGAUUCUAUACGUGGGCGUCCUCAUUGGAGCUGCCGGGUGUGGAGCCGGAUAUUCAAUUCAAAGCUAUCUCUUUUCCCAGCUCAUCACAGUCUUCCAGCUCACUGGUUCCAGGCUAGUAGAAAGAACAAACUUUUGGUCACUCAUGUUCUUCGUCCUCGCCCUUGCGGUGGCGUUUUUUUACUUUGUCCUUGGCUGGAAUUCCAUGUCAAUAUCUACCUACGUGUCAACCACAUACCGACAAGAGUACUUUGAUAGCAUGAUCCGAAAACCGAUAGGCUUCUUCGAUAAGGACCAAAACUCUGCGGGUUCCCUCACCUCACGUAUUUCAUCCGAUUCAACCCAGCUUCAGGAACUCCUGGGACCAACAAUGGCGUUUCCUAUCAUCUCUGUCUUCAACGUGAUGGGUUGCAUAGCCAUCUCGUUCACCUUUGGCUGGAAACUAACGCUAGUCGCUAUUUUCUCCGCGUUUCCACUGAUAAUCAUCGCUAUGUUUGUCAGGGUUAGAUACGAGGUUCAAUUUGAUAAGAUGAACGCUGCUGUCUUUGAAGAGAGUUCACAGUUUGCAUCCGAGGCCUUUGGGGCUUUCCGGACAGUUACGUCACUAACCCUGGAGAGCAGUAUUGCAGACAGGUAUUCAGAUUUGCUACAAAAUCAUGUACGAUCUGCCUUUGUCAAGGCAAGAGUUGCCGCCCUCGUCUUUGCUGCAUCAGAUAGCAUGGAGUUACCCUGCAUGGCCCUAUGCUUCUGGUAUGGUGGCCAGCUUCUCAGUACGCAUGAGUACAGUGUCUUGCAGUUUUUUGUCAUCUAUAUUGCCGUUGUCUUGGGAGGUCAAGCGGCGGGACAUUUCGGAAGCAUCAGUCCUAAUUUGGCUCAAGCCAAGGCAGCUGCAAACCGCAUCAUGAGUAUCCGGCCUGUACCAGACGACAACAAGAGCAGCGCUGUUCUCGAUCAAUGCGAGGGCGGUGUAGAAAUCGAAUUCAAGUCGGUAAACUUUAAAUAUCCUUCUCGAGAUGUGCCGAUAUUCAAGAGCUUGUCAUUCACAAUUAGAAAGGGGCAGUUUGCCGCCCUCGUUGGCCCGUCAGGGUGCGGGAAGACGUCUGUCAUAUCAAUUCUCGAACGCUUCUAUGACUACCAAGGUGGGCAUAUCCGCCUCAACGGAACCGAGCUUAGUUCGCUUGACCUAAAGCCCUACCGGCAAAGCGUAUCUCUUGUAUCACAGGAACCUACACUAUAUCAAGGAACUAUACGAGACAACAUUACACUAGGGAUCGACCCGGACAGCGUGACUACCGAGAAAGUACACCAAUCGUGUCGUGACGCAGAGAUUCACGACUUUAUCACAUCCCUUCCGGACGGUUACAACACGCAAGUAGGACAAAAAGGGCUGGCACUGAGCGGAGGCCAGAAGCAGCGUAUAUGCAUAGCCCGUGCCUUGAUACGGAACCCACAACUGCUGCUUCUCGAUGAAGCCACGUCCAGCCUUGACUCUGAGUCCGAGAAGCUGGUGCAGUCUGCCAUUGAACGUACGGCAAAGGGCAGGACGGUCCUGGUGGUCGCUCACCGUCUGGCUACGGUGCAGAACGCGGACGUCAUCUUUGUCUUUGGGGACGGGGGUAUAGUCGAGAGCGGUAGCCAUCAUAGCCUUCUGAAAAAACGAGGCGUAUAUUAUCAAAUGUGCGAGUCACAAGCUCUUGAUCGUUGA